AUGCGCGACAUGGCUUCGAAAUUUGUCGAAAUCCUCGACUUCAAAGAUACUCACCAUCGAAUAUCCGACUCUGACGUUCGUCUCGAAGAUGUCUUGGCUGAUCAUGAAGCUGUCGCCAGCCGACCCCGUUCAUCCACUUACGGUUCAUCCAAAGUCAGCCUCGAUCGAGAACAAAUAGAUCGAGGAACUCCAACCUCGCCGUCCCAGCGCUGGAAGCGACUCAGUAAUAUCCUUGCGGUCACUCGACGACCCAAUUAG